GGAUACGGAGAUUGGUGGGGAAGAUGACUAAAAAGGCGCUCAAAAUUAUCAUUCUGGACGCUUCUCGUCCUCCUCUGACCUCACCCUCUUCCCUAAAAUCUCCCUUCCUUUUUCCUAAUUCCACAAAAUAGGGCACAAAUUUUCCCAAAUCUUUCAGUUAGUUAUCUUCUCACUAGAUUUUACAAAACCCUAGUUUCUCCUUCUCCUUCUUCUUCUUCUUCUUCUUCUUCUUCCCACUGUAUAUUCAAACAAAACCUAGGCUCCUUUUUCCCCUCCCACGGUGCCCUAUCGUUUGUUGCAAUGUCAGUCUCCGGUGGGGUUUCGAUUGCCAGAAUCCGUGGCGAGAAUCGGUUCUACCAUCCACCUGCGAUGCGGCGACGUUUGCAGCAGCAGCAGCAGCAGCAGCAGAAGCAGAACGCCUUGGAUUCUAAUUCUAAGGAGGUUGCUUCUUCUACUAGGAUCGAUGAGUUGGACAAGAGGACUGAGUUCGAUGAGUGUCGUUCUUGGUCCACUCGCUCUGAUUGCUCCGUUUCGGAUCGAACACUUGCUGAUUCUACUAAUUUGGAUCGCUUCUUGGAGCAUACUACUCCCCUCGUUCCGGCUCAAUGUAUUCCUAAGACGAGCCUGAGGGGUUGGAGGACUCGUGAAGUCACAGAGGCGCCUCCUUAUUUUGUGCUUGGUGAUCUCUGGGAAUCUUUCAAGGAAUGGAGUGCAUAUGGAACGGGUGUCCCUCUUUUGUUAAAUGGUAGCGACUCUGUGGUACAGUACUACGUUCCCUAUCUGUCUGGCAUUCAACUCUAUAUAGAUCCAUCUAAGUCCUCUGUUAUAAGUAGAAGGUGUAGUGUGGAUAGUGAUGCUGAGUCCUCAAAGGAAACAAGCAGUGAUGGAAGCAGUAAUUGUGGAACAGAAAAGAAGAUGAAGGCCGUUCUUCAAGAUGAGUGGAUCCAUCACUCCACUAUUCUGGGGUCACAAAGAGUUCAAAUGAAUGUUCCUUCUGCUGAGUCAUCAAGUGAUGAAAGUGACUCUUGCUACCCUCAUGGUCAGCUUGUGUUUGAAUACUUGGAGCGAGAUCCACCAUUUUGUCGUGAACCAUUGACUGAUAAGAUCACUAUCCUUGCAUCGCGUUUUCCUGAAUUGAAGACACAUAGGAGCUGUGAUUUAUCUCCUUCCAGUUGGAUUUCUGUGGCAUGGUAUCCAAUCUAUCGGAUUCCAACGGGUCCGACUCUACAAAGUCUAGAUGCUUGUUUCUUGACCUUCCAUUCUCUGUCAACAGCAUUUCAAGGCAUUGGCACCGAUGGUUUGCAGUUCCAUUGGUCAAGAGCUAGAGAGGUGUACACUGCUGAUUGCCCCCUCAAAUUGCAGUUGCCAAUAUUUGGACUUGCUUCCUAUAAGUUCAAAAUUCCUUUUUGGAAUUCGACUGGUGCGGAGGAAUGUCCGAAGGCCAACUCUUUGUGGCAAGCUGCUGACAACUGGCUCAGGUUAUUAAACGUAAACCAUCCUGAUUAUAGAUUUUUCGCAUCUCACAAUUCAUUCUGGAGAUGAUAACAAGGGUAGUAUGCAUGAUUUCUUAAAUGUGGGAUUACAGUGUCUUAAGAGGAGGAUCUAAUUCCUAAGAAACUCGGUUCUCCUGAAUGUUGUGAAAAUUUAUAUGGCAUCUUUAGCUUUUUUUUUUUUCUUUGAAUUUGUACGUUUGACCAUAUAAAGGGUUUUGUACAGGGAGAAUGAUGUUGAUAGUAAUAUUUUACGGUUGACAUGGGGAUUGGGUUUUAGGAUAGUAGUUAUUCUGGGAGCGGCCAAUCCCCUAUGGUGUUAGUCUAUUCUUCCAUGUGUUGAGAUAUGAGUGAGUGGUGAUGGGAAUAGGGCGGUUGUGGACGAGCAGAGAAACUGCUGCCAAUAACAACACCGCCUUUUUUUUUUCUUUUUACUUUAAAUUGUGGAUUAGAUUUGUAACUUUCACUGGCACCUCGAUAAUGAUGAAAAGUAAAUCUAGUGUGUUAACUACAAUCUCGCCGUAUUUAACAGUUGAUGUGAUAAUUUAUUUACUGCUGGGUUUUAAGUGU